AUGAACUCACUCUUCAUCAAGUGCACAUUUCAGAGAAGUUUGGGGCACUUUAGCAGCAGAAGAGACGUGAUUCAGCGUGCGAAGAUUGUGGAGCUCCUGAAGGCGACAUCGGCGAGGGCGAAGAGCCGCAGACACUCCCCGCUCACCGAUCACUGGCUGCAGCCAAGCUGGAGCAAUAGGAGCCAGCUGACGUCGAGCGAUGAGGCGACGAAGACACUCAUCGUAGUCCCGGGGAACACUCGCUGGGCACCAGAUCAACUCCGGAGAUAA